CAAAGCCGUUGGUCAGUCAGUCGGGAAUGGUGCGGAAGCUUGGAUUCUCAAUCGUUGGUCCAGAAAAUUAGAAGCGGAUUUAGGAAAAAGUGUUUGCAGUAAAGUGAUUUCUACACUCUUUCUCCACUUUUUUAACUUUUAUCCGAAAUAAAAAUAUUGAGACUGGCGGCGGGCUCCAAAGGUUUCGAAUAUAUUUAAACAAAAAAGCUGUACAAAAAGUAGCUGUAAAAAGGAAAGCAAGCAGAGAACAAAAAAAAGACCGCAAAAACGAUGGCUCAAGAGACGGGAACAACGACGGGAACGGGCACGGGAGCCAAAGAUCAGCGCCAGCGCGACCAUAUCGAUGAGGAUGAAGUCAGCGAACUGCAGAAGUCGCGCAGCUUCUACGAUCGGGUUCGAGAGCAGGCGGAGCGCUUUGCGAGCACGCGGAUGGGACAGUUUGUGAUCGAGCGUGCGGACCGAGCGCUGGUGAUGAUCGAAGACACGGCCAAGUGGAGUCUGCCGCAGGAAAAAUCAGCUGUUCCCUUGGCCCGUCCCUUGCCUUGGGGUCCCUUCCUCAUGCUCAUCAUCCUGCUGCGUUUAACUCGCAUUUGGUUGUCGGUGGGCGCCUUGAUGAUAGGCAAUGGACCCAUCUCCCCCUCGGAUAUGGUUUACUUUAUCCAGACCAGGCGUCGCAAGCUAAGGGCCAUUCGUGUUCAUGGACUGAAGGUGAUGAGGCAGCAACAGCAGGAGGUUUCCUAUGGCAGCAGCAGUGCCAGUGGCCGAGGAUUGACUCAUAAACUCACCCAGUGGCUGUCCAAGGCCAUGUGCCGACCUGGAGUGCAAAGAGCCAACUCCGGGCGGCUUUUUACCGUGCGCAACACAGAGCAGACCACACAAACCACUCCUGCAGUCAUGAAGCGCCCUCGAGAGGAGGACUCCCAUGCCGAUGCCGAUCACAACCUGACCAUCGAUCAGAUGCUGGCCAAGUAUGCCAAUGAGAACUCCGAGGAUGACUCUGAUUUUGUGCCCAAUGCUGAGGAAGAGGAUACCAGCGGCAGCAGCUCCGAAAGCAGCCAGGAGUCCAGCGACGAGAUAAGCAGCGGUGAGGCGGAGGAGGUGCUUAGCCAGGCCAAGCCAAAGCCCGUGGAAAAUGGAGUUCAUAAGGCUGCCGAGAAGGAAAACGAUAAGGAACAGGAUAAGGAUAAGGCAAAGGGAAAGGCUCAUCUAACGACAUCCUCGAGCAAUGGGGACAAGGACGCGGUGCAGGAGCCGGCGGCAGAAGUUGGAGGAGCCACCACACUCAAGGUGAAGCUGGAGGAUCCACAGAAGUCCUCGCCGGGGCACAUCAGUGCGGCCAUGAUGAACACCAGGACAUACAACAACACCGCUGCUGCAGCCAGCACUGAUCCCCAGACUGAACCUCAACCUGAACCUGAAUCUGAACCUCAUCCCCAAACCGAAACUGAAUCCUUUCCCGAAACCCCAACCGAACUUCCUCAACAAACCCCAACCGAAAAUGAAGAAUCCGAAGAUGACGAGGAUAGUUGCAGCACCAGCGGAAGUAGCCAAACAGGAAGCACUGUGGAGUCUCCAGAAAACCACCUCCAACUCCAAUCCCACUCCCAAGCCCAGCCAGAUACCCAAGCCGAGCAGAUCCGUGAGGCUGUCCAGCAACUAUCCAACUAUCCCACUGUCGACACCCUAACUCCUGCCACCUCCUCCGAAGAUAUUUUCUAUAGUCCAAUCGGUUCACCAACUUGCUUCAAUACUAGCCUUGGAACCCAGGCCCUGCUCAAGAAUGCCAGCCUUAAAUCCGUCCUGGCCCACUCCACGCCCACAUCGGCACAGAACGACCAACCCACUGAACCGGCUUCUAAAUCCACUAUCCCAGAGAACCAGGAAGAGGUUCUACCAGCCCAACCUGAAACCGAGAAAUCUAUAAAUCCACCAAAUCAGAAGCAACAAAACCAUCAGAACCAUCAGCAGCAGCAGCGCAAUCAUUCCCACCAACGCUUCCGUGGACGCAAUCGGCGUUAGAGUUGGGACGUAUUCCUAUAUCCAAAGCUAUAAUGUCUGAUUAUUGUUCCAUUUAGCUAGCUUUUUUCUACACUUUUACAUUCCCAUAUUGUUAGUGAAUAUUGCGAGUAAAACUCUGAACUGAAAA